AUGGAGCGCGUUGGGAAUCUCCUGGUCUCACUGAGGAGCGCUUUGCUCUGGAGCAUCCUGUGGCAAUCAAUGUCCUGUUAUGAGAAGACUCAUUCACAUGCUGAGGAUGAUCUCUUCAAGAAGCUGUUUAGUGGAUACAACAAGUGGUCUCGGCCUGUGCCAAACACCACAGACGUAGUCAUCGUUAAGUUUGGCUUGUCCAUUGCCCAGCUUAUCGAUGUGGAUGAGAAAAAUCAAAUGAUGACAACCAAUGUCUGGCUGAAGCAGGAGUGGAAUGACUACAAAUUGCGUUGGAAUCCCUCUGAUUAUGACAAUGUGACGUCCAUCAGGGUGCCAUCAGAGCUUAUCUGGGUUCCAGACAUUGUGCUGUACAACAAUGCAGAUGGGGAGUUUGCGGUGACCCACAUGACCAAAGCUCACCUCUUCUACACUGGCAAAGUUCGCUGGGUUCCCCCUGCCAUCUACAAAAGCUCCUGCAGCAUUGAUGUCACCUUUUUCCCCUUUGACCAGCAGAACUGCAAAAUGAAGUUUGGCUCAUGGACAUAUGACAAAGCCAAGAUCGACUUGGAGAGCUUAGAAACCACUGUGGACCUUAAAGACUACUGGGAGAGUGGCGAGUGGGCCAUUGUCAAUGCUGUGGGAACAUACAACACCAAAAAGUAUGACUGCUGCCAUGAGAUCUACCCCGACAUCACAUACGUCUUCAUCAUCAGGCGCCUUCCUCUCUUCUACACCAUCAACUUGAUCAUCCCAUGUCUGCUGAUCUCUUGUCUGACUGUGCUUGUCUUCUACCUUCCAUCAGACUGUGGUGAGAAGAUCACACUGUGCAUUUCUGUCCUCCUUUCGCUCACCGUCUUCCUGCUGCUCAUCACAGAGAUUAUUCCUUCAACAUCACUAGUUAUACCACUAAUUGGCGAGUACCUACUCUUUACCAUGAUCUUUGUCACCUUGUCCAUUAUCAUCACCGUGUUUGUGCUGAAUGUGCACCACCGCUCACCAGGAACUCAUAAGAUGCCACACUGGGUGCAUACCAUCUUCCUUAACAUUAUCCCACGUUGGCUUUUCAUGUGCAGACCGGCUCCCUAUGGACGUCGGCGGCAGAGGCUGUUGCUCCUGAAAAGUCGAAGGUCACAAGGACUCAAGCAUCCCUCUGCAACAUGUCUGAGCACUUCCUCCAACUGGUUCAGGGAGGUGACUGGUUCAGGCAAGGAAGCACACACACAAUGCUUUCAUGAAGAUCUAGAGCUGGGCACAUUGUCUUCUAAUUUCUCUCUCUCCUUCCGCCCUCCUUCUCCUCGUCCACCUGGCUCCACACCAACUCCUUCUCCUCCACUCCCUCCUCCUCCUCCUUCUUCGCUACCUCUGAAACAUGGACUUACUAUGAGACAUGGUGCUCUACUGGGAGCCAGACAUCCAGUUGGUAGACUGAACCAUACUAUGCGACAAUCAGACAAUGAGAGAUCCUCUUUUUCUCCGAGCAUCUUGGAGGCUCUGGAGGGAGUUCACUACAUCGCAGAUCACCUGAGAGCACAAGACGCCGAUUUUAGCGUUAAAGAGGACUGGAAGUAUGUUGCCAUGGUGAUUGAUCGGAUCUUCCUGUGGAUGUUCAUCAUCGUGUGUCUGUUGGGUACCAUUGGCCUGUUCCUUCCCCCGUGGCUGGCUGGCAUGAUCUAGUGUCACUUACAUAAACUUAGAGACGUGAAGUACAGGCGCUGUGGAAAUACUCAGCAUUACAGACAGUGAGUGAGCAUCCCAGGUGGAUGAAUAAUAUGGAAGCUGUGCAAAACUAUUUGAAUGAAGAGCAAGAAAUCCAUCAUGCAGCAGAAUGUCUAUCAGCACUGUGCAAGAUCCCAGACAGCAAAUUUAUCUUUGAAUGUAAAGGCUUGCAAUGAAUACUGAUGAAUAAAAUGUGGCACCUUCGGAAAUGAGUGCGCAAGCAGGGCUUUUAAUUUUGUGUCCAUCUAUUUUUCUCUCUCAAGAAUCAAUGGACUAACUUCUGAUGCAGUGAGAUUUAAAGGAUGUGAUGUACUGACACCAUGGCAGGCCCUUGGAGAACAGCUGUAAAGAAAAAAAUAAUGCUGCAGUGUGCUGUCCUUCGUUUAAAAUCCCACACCAGCCUGGGUCUAAGAGCCAGAUUUGUGAA